AUGGCGACGGCGUCGUUCAGGUGGAUUUUGCAGCUACACAAAGAUGUACCGAAAGCUGCUCGAUUCUACGAGAAAGGUCUCGAUUUCUCAGUCAAUGUCGUAACUUUACGUUGGGCUGAGCUUCAGUCGGGUCCUUUGAAGCUAGCUCUUAUGCAAUCUCCCAGCGACCAUGUGGUGAAUGAGAAGGGAUACUCUUCGUUACUAUCGUUUACUGUGGCAGACAUUAAUACAUCAAUCUCUAAACUUAUGGAAUUAGGAGCUGAACUCGAUGGCUCUAUCAAAUACGAAGUCCAUGGCAAGGUUGCAUCUGUGAGAUGUCUGGAUGGUCAUGUGCUCGGCCUCUAUGAACCUUCUUAG